UACAAGGAAGAUUUGAAAUUCUGGCCUCUCUCUCUCAAACUGUGUACUGCCAGAAAGGGAAAGCUCAUCAAUACAUACAGCCCUCCCUAUAAUACGCUUAAUACACGAAUUCUUAUUCAACCCCUCAAAUUACAAAUUCUCAAGUUCCAAACCUCUCUCUCUCUCUCUCUCUCAGAAACCUCCGUUUCAGCUCAGAGUCAAAACCCAAGCAUCAGGAGAGAGCAGCUUUGAAGGCCAACAAUGGGUAGAAGUUUAAGCCCGAUACUGCGGCGUGAGUUGGAAAAUCUUGAUAAAGAUGCUGAUAGUCGUAGAUCAGCAAUGAAAGCACUCAAAUCCUAUGUGAAAGAUUUGGACUCCAAGGCAAUCCCCAUGUUUCUUGCUCAAGUUUCUCAGACUAAAGAAACUGGUUCUUUGUCUGGAGAAUGCACCAUUUCGCUCUAUGAAGUUCUUGCUCGUGUUCACGGUGUCAAAAUAGUCCCUCUAAUAAACAGCAUCAUGGCCACCAUAAUCAAGACCUUGGCUUCGAGUGCGGGGUCUUUCCCUCUUCAACAGGCAUGCUCAAAGGUCGUCCCAGCUAUUGCUCGAUAUGGGAUUGACCCAACCACCCCUGAAGACAAGAAGAGGCACAUUAUUCAUUCACUCUGCACUCCUCUCUCAGAUUCCCUCUUGGGUUCUCAAGAGAGCUUGACUUCUGGAGCUGCCCUUUGCUUAAGGGCUCUUGUUGACUCCGAUAAUUGGCGUUUUGCUUCUGAUGAGAUGGUCAAUAGGGUCUGUCAGAAUGUUUCUGGAGCUUUGGAGGAGAAGUCCACUCAGACAAAUGCACACAUGGGUCUGGUUAUGGCUCUUGCAAAGCGUAAUGCAUUAAUUGUUGAACCAUAUGCUAGGUUGUUGAUACAAGCUGGAAUCCGGAUAUUGAAUACUGGUGUAGCGGAGGGGAAUUCUCAGAAACGGUUGUCAGCUAUUCAAAUGGUGAAUUUCUUGAUGAAGUGCCUGGAUCCUUGGAGCAUUAUCUCUGAGAUUGAGUUGAUAAUUCAAGAAAUGGAGAAGUGUCAGUCUGAUCAGAUGGCUUACGUCUCAGGGGCUGCCUUUGAAGCUCUGCAAACUGCAAGGAGAAUAGCUGCAGAUAAAGGUUCAAAACUUGAAAAGGCUCCUGGUUCAGCCUGUGGGUCAAAUUUUAGUAGGAGAGACCAUAGCAGGAGGCGAAACUUAUCAAGUGGAGGUGAUCAGUCUCCUGCAUCAGUGUCACCUGAAUCACAGACUCUGGAUUCCUUUGCUGAAUAUGACUCAUUUGUUGACUCACCUGUAACAAUGAGUAGUCAGGCUACCCAAAACUCAAUUUAUGAUUGUAGGAGCAUAAACCGGAAGCUUUGGAGUCAUGAGAAUGGAGGAGUCGAUGUGUCUCUCAAGGAUGGUUUAUUCUCGGAGAUUGCUCAGGGUAGUGCCUUUGCGAAUGGAUUUCCAGGUAACUCUGGGAGUAAUGAAUUCAUGAAAUGCGAUGGAGAUUGCAAUGAGGAAUUUACAGGGUUCCAGCAAAGAAAUCCUAGAAAUGUAGUAUCAAGAAGCACCACAACUAGUCCUCGGAGGUCUCGCACUCCAAUCAACGUGGACAACAUCAUCUUCAAUACUCCGAGAAGACUUGUUCACUCUCUUCAGGAACCAAAUAAUGCCAACUCAAAGUUCUCCGAAAAACUAGCUAGAAGAUUUAGAAGUUUAUCCAUGAACGAAUGUGAUUGGAGCCCAAAUGUCAGAUAUGAUCAAGAUGGUUAUUCACAUGGUGCAAACUAUGAUGACGGGGAGCAUGGUAGCUUCUAUGGUGGCAGUGAGCAGUUCGAAGGUGGUCCUGAAUCAGUGUCAUCAACAGAUGGCAUUCCAGGGGAUGCUGAUGUUCAGGUGCCUCAUGAGGUGGUUCCAGAAAAUGAAAUAUCUCAUGAGGUGGUUCCAGAAAACCAAACAGUAGCUCAAAAGGCUGGCAUAAAAAAUCCCUAUCGAAAGGCUGCUGUUAAGUUGUUUUGUGGUCUUUCUUUCACACUACUUGCAGUAGCUAUGCCACUACUUUGGAUUAAUGACCACGGCGAAGGGCAUGAAGGUUAUUAUCUAGUUCCAACUUAAUGUACUCGCUUCCAUGUUAGUCUUCUCAUUCUGAUGGAUCAAUUUCUUUUGAUUAAGUGAACAAUGGUAGUAGACAGUAGCAUCUCUGUAUGUUCUGUAGCACUAGAAUUUAAGCAUCACAACCAGUUGUGAAUGGUCGAUGUACUGAAGAGAAUCGAACAAUUUGUGUUCUUGAGGAAAUGUUCAUCCUUGCUUUUGAAAUUGUGGUUUUUUUAAA